AUGCAGGAACAACAGAGCACUUUCACCAUCGUUACCUUCAUUAAUCUCCACGACGCGAAGCAUAACAUGUGUCCUUUCGCCACUGCGAGCUCUCGUUGUUCGGUCUCGAGUCUGACUGGCGCUACGUUGCCAGAACCACGCAAAUCACAUCUUCGUAUCGGUGUAACAACCCCAUCGAAUCGCCUCGGACGCAGCUCUAAUCACGCGGCCCGUCAAGCGUUGCUUACUCGCCUAGUCGUCUACACUACCCCACCAAACUUUCCGGUGAAGAGACGCACCACAUCGAGCAGCGCAAUACUCUCAACAAGUCUGGCCAGAACCAGAGCAAAUGAUGUGCAUCUGAAUGCGACCAAUGCCCCAACCUGCACCUUCCACGGCACCUCGAUCGCGAACGUCACACGCACGAUGACCGUUAUCGUAUCCGAGGUGGCCGCUGCCGCGCUCCUCUCAUCAUGUCGUGAUCGACCGUCGUCAUGGCACGGACUCUAUACACAAAGUACAGCGUCUUGA